AUGGCCCACCGGACAGAACAUGACGACUCCUCCAGCUCAUCGAGCAAUGAGAUCGAACCGCGCCACAGCAGCAUUAGAAAUGGAGUCUCACCAUUAGCAAAGCAAAGCACUGCGGGCAGUUCUGGUUACUCGGUCUUGGAACAGCGCACGCAGUCAAUAGUCUCGCGCAUUCGCAGUCGAGUGCCCGGCCAAACGGCCAAAUUUAGCCAUCCGCUCACUCAUAGCAGGACUGGUCCUGAUGUUAUUGUCGAUUUUGAUGGUCCGGAUGAUCCAUACAGACCUUUAAACUGGGGGUUUAAGAAAAAGGCUAUCACGACCCUGCUAUAUGGACUAACAACUAUGGGUGCGACGUGGGCGAGUUCGAUCUAUUCGACAGGCCAGGCGGAGAUCAGCGAGGAAUUUGGCGUCUCGAUUGAGGUUGCCACGCUCGGAACCUCGUUAUUAUUAUUCGGCUUGGGCUUAGGACCAUUGAUCUGGGCGCCUCUAUCAGAGCUGUAUGGCCGCAAGACCGCCGUGCUACCGCCUUACUUUCUCGCAGCCAUCUUCUCUUUCGCGACAGCCACUGCAAAAGAUCUCCAAACCAUCAUGAUCACCAGGUUCUUCACGGGCUUCUUCGGCUCAGCCCCUGUGACCAACACAGGCGGUGUCCUGAGUGAUAUCUGGACCCCCGAAGAGCGUGGAGCUGCCAUUGUUGGCUAUGCCAUGGCCGUGGUGGGCGGGCCCGUUCUUGGACCUAUUGCAGGUGGUGCUAUUGUCCAAAGUGAUCUAGGUUGGCGAUGGACCGAAUAUCUCACCGGCAUCAUGAUGAUGUUCUUCCUACUCCUGGACCUGCUCUUCGUCGAUGAGAGCUAUCCGCCAAUACUCCUAGUCUACAAAGCCCGCCGCCUUCGCUUCGAAAGCAGCAACUGGGCCCUCCAUGCCCGCCAUGAAGAAUGGGACGUAACCAUUAAAGAAAUCGGCAACAAAUACCUCGUCCGCCCCUUCCAGCUCCUCGCCACCCCAAUCUGCUUCCUCGUCGCCCUCUACGCCUCAUUCGUCUACGGCAUCCUCUACCUCAGUUUAGCCUCCUUCCCAAUUGUCUUCCAAGAAAUCCGCGGCUGGAACCAAGUCGUCGCCGUCAACCUCGCAAACCAAAGAUUCUACAUCAAGCGCUUCAAAGCGAACAAUAACCGAGCCGUUCCUGAAGCCCGUCUCCCUCCCAUGAUGAUCGGCUCUGUCCUGUUUGCCGCGGGCAUGUUCGUGUUUGGCUGGACGAGUCCAAAGCACAUACACUGGAUUUGUCCGAAUAUCGGCGCCGUCAUGAUGGGUUUUGGCUUUUUUACCAUCUUCCAGGCUGCGCUCAACUAUCUUGUUGAUACGUUUCAGAAAUACGCUGCCAGCGCCAUUGCCGCGAAUACCUUCCUGCGCUCGAUGUUUGCGGGAUGUUUUCCGCUCUUCACUUCGGCCAUGUUCCAUAAUCUGGGUGUUCCCUGGGCUGCGAGCGUGCUGGGGUUCAUUUCUGUCGCAUUGAUUCCCAUUCCGUUCCUAUUCUACAGGUACGGGAAGCGAAUUCGAGCCCGGGGGACGUGGUCGAGAGAAUCUGUUUGA